AUGAUAGCAGAUACAUCCCUGCUCACAUCCAAAUUAUGCCCCAGUUGGUUUGAAGUGCCUAUGUUUAUUUAUAAGAAACCACGAUUGUUUUACGACGAAUGUAAAAGUUGUUUUCACCAAUGGCUGACGGAAAUAACUCUGUGAAUUCGGUACCAACAAAAAGCUACCUGGCUACAAAUGGAUCUGGAAAAAGCAAGAGUGAUACGCCAAAACGAGCGUCGUGGGGCAGUCCUUUGGAAUUUAUAUUGGCCUGUCUGGGAUACGCAGUGGGUUUAGGAAAUGUAUGGAGAUUUCCUUAUUUAUGCUACCGGAAUGGCGGAGGUGCAUUCCUCAUUCCAUUCUUCUUGAUGAUUAUACUUAUUGGUCUGCCAAUAUUUUAUUUAGAGUUAUACAUGGGCCAAUACACAGCCUUAGGGCCGAUAAAGGCUUUCUCAUAUAUAUCUCCAUUCUUCAGCGGGGUGGGAUACUGUACCUUGGUUGUGAUAAGCCUUAUAUCAAUCUAUUACAUGAUAAUCGUGGCGUGGACUUUAUACUACACUAUCGUAUCUAUAAUUGGGAAUCUCGAUUGGGGAUCUUGUGAAAAUGAAUUCAACAGUAUUCAUUGCUACAGUACUGGUUAUGAUCUUGCGUGUAGAGAAAACAAUACAGGGGCUUUUACUGACCUUACUUACUAUAUGAAGAAUUGCAUGACUGUCGGAGAUGUCUGUAAAAGUAUUGGCCUAGAACCUUUUGACGGUACGUACUGCAGUGAUGGCGAUUCGUUAGUGCCUUGGCGCACCAAUAUAACGAGAGUACUGGCCUCUGAAGAGUAUUAUAAUGAAGCCGUUCUUGGGAGAGGUGAUGCAACUUGGUCAAACUGGGGUACAAUACAGUGGCAUCUUGUUGGCUGUCUCUUUGCGUCUUGGUUUAUAGCUUUCUUGUGCGUCAUUAAAGGCGUACAAUCUGCUGGAAAAGUGGUCUAUUUCACUGCGCUCUUCCCAUACGUCAUGUUGACAGCCCUAUUGAUCAGGGGUGUCACUUUGGAGGGUGCUGUCGAUGGUAUAUUAUUCUAUUUAUCGCCGAAAUGGGAAACAUUGUUAGAAGCCAAAGUAUGGGGAGACGCAGCGUCGCAGACAUUCUACUCAUUUGGUGUUGCGUGUGGAUCUCUUAUUACGCUGGCUUCUUACAACAACUUUACCAAUAAUUGUCAUUUCGAUGCGAUAUUCGUUUGUUUUACAAACUUCAUGACGUCGAUCUACGCUGGAUUUGCAAUCUUCUCCGUUCUUGGGUUCCAGGCGCAGCUGAUGGGCGUCAGUGUUGAUGACGUAGCACAGCAGGGUCCUGGAUUGGCGUUCGUAGCGUAUCCCGAAGCCAUAAUACAAAUGCCUCUGCCCCAGCUCUGGGCUAUACUUUUUUUCUUUAUGCUGUUCAUACUUGGAUUAGGAUGCCAAUUUGCGGGUAUAGAAGCUAUUAAUACAACCAUCGUAGACCAAUGGCCUGUGCUAAGGAAGAGGUACUGGAUGGUAACGGCGUUCACAUGUUUCACAUGCUUUGUACUUGGACUGCCUAUGUGUUUCAGUGGAGGUGUUUACUUAUUCACAGUACUAGAUUGGAACACCGCAUCUUGGGCUGUCUUGCUCAUCGGAAUAGCUGAAUGCACUGCAGUGUCGUGGAGCUACGGAAUCAAUAGAGCGAUCAGUGACUUAGGAAAAAUGAAUAUGAAAUUCAACAGAGUCGUAAGAUUUUAUUGGAAAGCCGCAUGGACAGUAACCGUACCCUGUGCUAGUCUGGGCGUAUUAAUAUUUGUUUUUAUUGAAUGGACCUCACCAUACUAUGGAGACUACGAGUUCCCACUUUUUGCGGAUAUACUCGGCUGGGCUGUUGGCUUAUCAACUGUAGUAUUAUUUCCAGUGGGAGUUUGUUGGGCACUAUACAGAGGAAAUAGAGGGAGAGAUUUAUUCACACCAUCAGAUAAAUGGAAGCCAGCUGUGAACUUAUUAGAUAGUGAUGAACUUGGUUAUGAUAACGUUGCCGCGGCGCACUGAAGGAAUAUGAUUUUGCCAGGAGACUAUCAACUAAAUGAUAAUAUAUAUUUUAUAGUAAAAUAUUAAAUAAAAACCAUGACAUGACAAGAAAA